AAACUUUAUGUUUUCCACAUGUCCGGACAAAACCACUAAAGAAGAAGGAAAAAGUGAAUAGUUGUAAGGUUAUAUGCACCAUUGAUUAUUUAAUAUAAAUGUACCACAGAAAAUUUUAGAGUAAAAAUAUACCCUUAUCUUGCUAACAUUUUACUUUAGGGGAAUGCUUUUCCUGUUUUAAAUUUAAAACCAUCUCUUGCUUAAAGUGGUUUUAAUUCUCUUGAUUGAAACCCUCUACUUAAUUUGCACUAUAUAUAUCCUCAAUUGGGUAGGGACAAAUUGUGAAGGAGACACUAAUCCAUAAUAAAAAAAAUCUGAAUCAGUCCUAUAUUGAACUAUAUAGAAUGGAUGAUGCUACAAUCAAGCCAACAAUUGACAUAAUAGUGUGUGCUUCCAUGAAUAACACUAGUGCUAAAAACAAUCAUUCCCAACCAAUCACCAAGCCAUCACAUUCACAGUCACCACCAUUCUUAACUAAGCUACAUGCAGGCUACUUUUUCAUUUGUCUUUCAUUUGGUGCUCAAGCUUUGCUAUGGAAGAGUUUAAGUGAACAUAACAAUGAAUCACAAACUCUUUGGCAUGGUUUUAAUUUCAUGCCUUCUGUUGCUUAUUUACUACUUUGGUGUCUUGCAGUACUUAUUGCAACUACACUAUCUUUUCUUUAUAUGCUCAAAUGCAUGUUUCACUUUAAAGCAGUGAAGGAAGAGUUUUCACAUCAUAUUGGAGUUAACUACAUGUAUACUCCUUGGAUUUCAUAUCUUCUUAUGCUUCAAUCAUCACCGCCUUUGAUUGUUCCAAGAGCUCGUUACUAUGAGUUUCUUUGUUUGGCUUUUUCUUUUGUAAUAUUUCUGCUUGAUGUAAAACUGUUUGGACAAUGGUUCACAACUGAAAAGAGGUUUCUGUCAGUGGUAGCAAACCCAGUUAACCUGGUUUCUGUUAUAGGAAACUUGGUGGCUGCUCAAGUUGCGACAGAAAUCGGUUGGAACGAGUUUGCAAUUUCUAUGUUUUCAUUCGGUAUGGUACAUUAUUUGAUUCUAUUUGUGACGCUGUAUCAGCGUCUAACAAGUAGUAAUCAGUUUCCUAUAGUGUUAAGGCCAGCUUAUUUCUUGUAUUUUGCUGUACCAAGCAUGGCAAGUCUAGCUUGGAAAUCCAUCUCAGGUGCUUUUCUUGUCUCAUCAAAGAUGCUGUUCUUUCUCUCUUUGUUCCUUUUCAUUUCUCAGGCUUGCAGGCCAGCGAUGUUCAAGAAAACUAUGAAAAGGUUAAAUGUUACAUGGUGGAUCUACUCAUUCCCUUUAACAUUCCUCGGUCUAGCUUGUGCUGAAUAUGCUCAUGAGGUGAAAAGUCUCAUGGCCUCUGGUUUAAUGCUGCUGAUAUGUAUUGUGUCUGUGCUGGUUUUUGUUUUUCUGAUGCUAACCACUGUACUCAAAAUUGAGAGUCUGCUGCAUAAAAAAGCUCCUAAUAAAUGAAAUAUAAUGAACUAAUUCCUUUCUUUCCAUUGGAAGGAAGCAAAUGAAAGUA